CGUUGUUGGUUUCCCACCACCACCGCCACCACUCAACGACUCCAACCUCCUCUACAAUGUCAAUCCCUGAUAUCUGAAAGACUGAACCCAUUACAGACUAGGACCGUUUCCUAAUUUCUACUGAAUAUGUCAGAAAUCCCUACGGAGAUCAUCGAGCAGAUAAUCGACAAGCUCAGCGAUGACAGGAAAGCACUGGUCGCUUCUCUGUCUGUUUCCCAUGUCUUCCACGGUCGAGCUCGGUACCAUCUCUUCCGAAUCGUCACCCUCAGCAUGGAAUCAGAUUUCCAUCAGUUUAUUUCCCUCUGCGACAUCUCGCCAGUAAUUUCGAGUCUGGUACAGUCACUCGAGAUACGUUGCUACAAAACGAUGCCCCAGCUGCCCUCCCUACCUAACGUCACCUCACUGCACAUCAGAGGGCCUUCCAAUGAUGUAUGGCAGUCCAACUUUCCCUCGACUACUUCCCUUAUGUUAGAGGACGUCAGCUUCCCCACUGCACUGAGCUUCCGCACAUGGAUAUGCGCAUAUCCACACCUCACAUCCUUGUCCUUGAGCUAUGUUCGAAUUCAUCAUCCCUCAAUGUUCGACGCCUAUGCGCUGGCACAAGGUCCUCCUUUAGAGUUUCUCUCGUUCGCAGACGUUAAUUACAACGUGUACGAGGCAUUUCUAGGGAGCGCGAACGGAAAUAUCAGUACUUUCGCUCUUCACGGUUUACGCAAAAUCCGUCACGAGGUCAAGGACCCAGAUGAUGCCGUUGGUCUACAUAAAUUACUUGCCAUCAGCCGUGCUACGCUUCGAGAGCUCCACGUGACGAUGAAUCCGUUCUACCCCAUACAAAUUUUUGGUAAUGUCCAUCCGGAUAUUUCACAGGUGCCAACCGUUGAAUUUCGCAUGCCCCGCAUCUCUGAGUUCUCUUUCUCCGGGAUAAUUCUCUGGCUUUCCUCUUGCACCCCUACAAGCAGUAACCGUUCUGCACUUAUGGAGCGACUCAUUAUUCACCUAAGUCCUAUCCUUAUGCCAUCAGAUUUCCUAGAGAGUCCAACGUUCUCUAGCGGUCGGGCACCAUUGGACAUUAGACUUACCGAUCCUCUAUAUUGCAAUCCCAAGGUGGUUCAAUUCAAUGUGGGGCCCGGAAAGAUGCGCCAGGCGGUUCGGGACGCUAUAUUGAUAGCUUUGCCCAAAUUGCACGCUGUCGGGCGGCUAGCAGUAGUGGACGUGACCAUCUAAGCAGCAUGAAGGAUAUCCCAGAUUUUACCGUCGUCGAUCAAGAUCAAGGCUGUUGCCCGAUUCGUGCCCUUCGCCGCAUCAUCCAUCCCGCCCUAUGUGCUGUUAGCAGAGAAGUUUAGUAGCAUUCACCCCCCACGCCGUAGUCGUCCCUAUGAACGCCCUCGGAACCCAGUCAA